AUGACUGCGAACGAUAAGCGAAUCAUGAAAACACAAGCCAAACGUCAAACGGAAGUUGCUUCACGCGGCCGCGGACGACUUCCAAAUGAGCGGUUUUUAUUUGAGCGUGGUCAUCCACAGCACGAAUCGCACUGCGUACUAAAACGAACAAUCAGUUAUGUUUCCGUUCUUCACGGCCCUCAAAUCCCACGCUGCGAUCGCGGCGACACGAAAGAACGCUAUGGUCGAGCAAUUCUCGCGCUCUUUUUUCCUUGGCGUUCUGUGAGCGAUUUGUGUUCGGUGGACGAAACGUGGCACGAAGCGCUCCAUGCACGUGAAUCUCUUAUUACUGUCAAUUCGAAGCGCAUCAUUGGAAACAUUCAGUUGCUCCAUGAAUGUAAGGCCGAUCGAGAUGAACAUUUGAAACAAGUCAUGGAAGAAGCACAAACGGACAUUGAUCCCAAGCUUAUUCCUGAUCCUCGCGAGAAUGAGAUCGAAGAGAUCGAAGACAUCGAUUCUAUCAUGGAUGCGCUAGCUACGUUCGACAAUAGCGACCCGAACAUGGCACGUCCUAGCACAAGGAAACAGAAUAGCAACAAAUACACGAAAACUACAUUGGAUCUAGUUGUUGGAAGUGGUCGAUUUUCGCAUUCUGAUAGUGAGUAA